UCUUUCACCCUUGAUCGACAGCAACUCAAAUUAUAGGCAAAAUGGCCAACGCUUCUUCAAAGCGUAUCGCUUCCAGCAACGAAGCCGCCCUUCGGAAUCUACAGUUAGGGCUACUCAUCGUGAAUCUUAUUGCCCCCACUCUUCGUUUCCUCCUCUCCCUCGUCACCUCUCGCUCUUUCCUUCCCCGCUUCUUGCCGCUCACCAUGCACUUAAUCACUUUUACCGCGACUAUUUUUAUUUGGAGAUGGUUUGUUGCUAUUGGUACACCCAAGAGACAGAAUGGAGCGCAAGUCAAGGUUGGCGAUGAUUUGAGCGGAAAGGGCGUCAUUGAACUGGGUUGGGAUUUGACCUACAUGACUUGGAUCUGUACUGUUGGGUCUGCUCUCUUCGGGGAUUGGCUGUGGUGGCUCUUCACUCUUGUCCCUGCCUUUGGAGCGUGGAAGCUCUUUUCAACAGUUCGACCAUUGCUCGCAAUGUUCCUCCCUUCAAUAUUUGGUCCCAAGGCUCCCCGUGAAGCUCAGCAAGCCAACCACCCUGAGGAAAAGACCGAAUCUCGAAAACAGGCCAAGUUACGGGCAAGAAUGGAAAAGGGCGACAAGCGUAUCCAGCAGGUGCAAAGGCGGUGAACGGUUGGGUGUUGGUGCGAUAUAAAUGGUCCUAAAAUGCAUAUGUAUG